ACUAACUGUCCCCGAAAAAAAGGCUGAUAAGUCGUAUUCAUUUAUUGUAACAAAUUCUUAGAUCAUAAUGAGCGAAUAUCUCUUGAGUUAAAUCUAAGUAGAUUGAGUUAGCUUGAUUCGAACGUAGUCAACUUAAUUUUGACCCAGGCUGGUUUGCACUGUCAAUGCAAAAAUCGAAAGAGUGACAGCUAAUAAAUAAAGUGUAGCAGUACAGGAAGAAGCUGUGCAGUCGUGGAACCGUUACUGUAAGCUUCCCAAUGCCGUCUUCCUCCACUCCACUACUGCCAGCCUGUUCAUCGGACAAACAUUUCUCCCUCUUAAAACCCCUCCCAACGAAUCCCACCUGACUCCUCCAACUCUCUCUCUCUCCUCCUCCGAUCGAUUCAUAUUUUCCCCUCCAGUCAAUGGACCCCUGCCGCUUCGUUCGGGUCCUGGUCGGCAACCUCGCCCUCAAGCUCCCCGUCGCCUCCGGCCCCGCCGGCUCCGGGGUUCACCCUUCUUCAACUCCUUGCUUCUGCAAAAUCACGCUUCGAAAUCUCUCCGAUCAGAUAGCCCCCUUACCGCUUCAAGAUUCAGCAACUGAUUCCGGCCUCGCAGCCGCAUUCCACCUCAGUCCUGCUGAGAUCGAGCGGCAAGUUUUCAAGUCGAAGCUGAAGCUGGCGAUCUAUACUGGCCGGCGCGGAUCCACCUGUGGGGUGAGCUCAGGCCGGCUGUUAGGGAAGGUAAAGAUUCCGAUUGAUCUUAGGGUGGAUGAUAGGGCUGUGGUGUUUUAUUCUGGAUGGGUCGGAGUUGGGAAAUCCAGCAAAGGGGCAUUGGCGCAGUUACAUCUUGUUGUGAAAUCGGAGCCUGAUCCGAGGUUUGUUUUUGAGUUUGGGGGUGAGCCGGAGUGCAGUCCGCAGGUUUUUCAGAUCCAGGGUUUUCUUCGUCAACCAGUCUUUACCUGCAGAUUCUCCUGCCGAAAUACAAGUUCCGAUCGAAGCCUCAGAUCCAGAUCAUUUUCCACCGAGAUCGGUAACCGAAAAAGCUGGCUGAAGAGGUUCGGAUCAGAGAGCGAAAAACCGGGGAAAGAAAGGAAAGGAUGGUCCGUAACAGUCCACGACCUCUCCGGCUCUCCGGUAGCCAUGGCAUCAAUGGUGACCCCUUUCGUCGCCUCCCCUAACAGCGACCGCGUUAGCCGUAGCAAUCCCGGCGCAUGGCUCAUCCUUUGCCCGGAAGAUCUGACAUGGAAGCCAUGGGGCCGUCUCGAGGCCUGGCGCGAGCGCGGAAGCGACGCUCUCGGCUACCGCUUCGAGCUCCUUCCCGACGGCGUCGUUCUCGCCGAGUCUUCCAUUAACACCUACAGGGGAGGCCGCUUCAGCAUAGACCUCACCGGCGGAAGCGCAGGAAGCCCGGGGGGUAGUGGAGAGCUUGGUUAUCGCGGGUUUGUGAUGUCGUCGACGGUGGGAGGUGAGGGGCGGCCGGAAAGCCGGCCUGUGGUGGAGGUUGGUGUUCAGCAUGUGGGAUGUACAGAGGAUGCGGCAGCGUUUGUUGCUCUUGCGGCGGCCAUCGAUCUGAGCGUUGAUGCUUGUCAACUCUUCUCUCAAAAGCUUCGGAAGGAGCUUCAACUGCAGGUCGCCGGCGGCGAGGUCGAUGGCAGCUUCUUGUGAUGCGGGUGCCGUUUUGGGUGGCUUUGAUUUUUGAUAAGCAUUUUUGUUUUGUUUUGUUUUUGUAUAUAGUGACUAGUGUCGUGGGUUGGGUUUUUUUGGCUGCGGCAAAUGCAAAGAAUUUUGGGUGUUAGUGGCUGAAAUUCUGGGAGGGAAGGAGAAUAAAAGAUUUGCUGUUUUUGUUAAUAUGUUGUUAUUAUUUAAACGAGUAAUUAAGAAA